AUGGCGAAGCUCGGGAUCCUUGAUGUUCAGAGCGCCUUAAUGGCGGCGGUGAUGGAUGAUGAUGAGGAGGUUGAGAGUGAGGAUGGAAGAAAGAGAGGAGUAUGCAGAGAUAGGAAGCAAUUAGGAUCCUUGUGUCGUGGGAUGUUGGUAGAGUCUGCCAGGAAUCUGGGUCCUCCUUUCUCGCAACUGGAGUUGCCGCAGAAUCUUUCGAUGCAUGAAGGAUCAGAAACCAGACCUUCAUGGAACAUACGAAACGCGUGCGAGCUUGCGCUAGCUAUCGCCUGCUCUUACAGGCACGCGGGAUGCAGUGAAGACCAAUCCCUUAUUGCAAACUCAAGGGUGCUCUUCCGGGAGAUGAAGAAGACUGUCAUUCGAAGCUCUUUCCCCGAGCGUUUGCAACCCCUUUUUGAAGCUCUCGUGCUGACGAGAAGGAACACGCAAUCAGAGGAGGCGCAGGCAAGCGGGAGUCUGGGAGGAGGCUGCUACCCAUUUGCUGCUGCCCUGCGGAGUUUCUUCUUUGAACUUCACGUGCAUCCGAAGAGAUCUGAGCUCUUUCCCUGGUUGACUCGAAGCAUGUCUCGCCUCCUCCAGACUGUCAGAAGCCGGAUACCCAGCAGCGAGUUCGACCAUCCCCUCCUGCAGCUCAUCGAGUUUCUGGAGAGCACGAGCGAUAUUUUCGAAGCGUCAGACGAGGAGGUGACGGCGUUACGAACGCUAGACGAUCAGCUGUUUGACCGGCAUGCGCUCAUUCACAAGAUCGUGACUUGUGAUUGCUUGGCUCCCUCGGUCUGCAGGAGAAGCGAAACCUCGGGGAUCCAAGACCUGCAUGGCAUUCGACAAGUCGUGAAGCGAGGGCGCGAGUCUCUCUGGCUCAGGUCGAGGGUAGCGACUCGCUUUGCCUUGUUUCGGUUGUUGGAGAGGACGAGGUGUGAGAGUCUGUUGAUCAUGCUGCUCCAUCAAGGUCUGGCUUGCAAGUUGCAGCCUGAGCGAUGCGAGAAUCUAACGCAGACUGACUUUGAUGACGUCGCGGCCAUUGUCAGUCUUUACCAGGAAAGUGCAUCCUUUCAUGCCUUGCACGAUAUCGCAAGCUCCGAAGAGCUGAACUCACUGUCAUAUUCCUUGCUCGCUCUCCUCGAAUUUCAACUCCAUACGACCGACUUAGCCAUCCAGGGAGAAGAGAAAAGUUUGCAAGUCAGUCUCAACGACAUGUACAAGAAAUUUGUGAGCGACAAGAAUUCAACAGCCUUAUCAUUUUGCAUAUUUGACCUCGCUCAAAGAGUGAACAAGUCUACGAUUCAUCAUUCUGGAACAAUUGCCGCCUUGAUCACUUUCGGGUCCUUCAUGUCGCUCAAGCAAUCUCUUUCCUCGGAACAUCCGUGCUCUUGUUCUUUCUGGUUGAUUUAUAUUACUGUCAUGAGAUGUAUAGGAAAGGUGGGAGAAGAUGGAGAAUGUGAGAGAGGAGCGGAGGACUCAUUUGUUGGCACUCGAGACAAGGUUGAUGCGCAUCAGGUGAUGGCUACUCUGAUCCUAUCAUCUCUGAUGCGCCUCAUCGAAUCUCUUGACCACCAGCUCAACCAUGUGUACGACUCCUUUCAACGCGAGGUUGCGAGAGUUGCAUGUCUGCUAGGAGAGGGUCGGAUUUCAAGCUCGUUUCAGCACCUCAAGAUUGCGAUAAACAAACGUCUGCAUACGCGAAGAGACUAG